AAAAACACCCACAUCUGAGCCGUCCCAGAGUGCUUUGCGCUUCCGCCGUACAAAAACAUGGCGGCGCUCAGGGCCCCUCCCACAUCCCGGCAUGCACCGGGGGGCAGGGCCAGCCUUUCGGCUAGCCAGGAAAAUGGCGGCCUCUAGCGCGGAGCCGCAGAUCCUGGUACAGUAUUUGGUGUUGCGAAAGGACCUAUCGCAGUCUCCACUCUCCUGGCCAGCGGGCGCACUGAUAGCGCAGGCCUGCCACGCGGCCACUGCGGCCUUACACCUUCACCGUGACCACCCGCACACGGUCGCUUAUCUCCAGGAGUUGGAGCGCAUGCGCAAGGUGGUCCUCGAGGCCCCAGAUGAGACCACCCUAAAGCAACUGGCUGAGACCCUGCAACAGAAGAAUAUUGACCACCUGCUGUGGUUGGAGCAGCCCGAGAAUGUGGCCACUUGUCUUGCUCUCCGCCCCUACCCCAAGGAGGAAGUGAGCCAGUACCUGAAGAAGUUCCGCUUGUUCAAGUGACCGCUGUUCUGUAUUGCUGGGAUAGAUUCUCCAUCGUCAGAUCCAGAGACCGCGUGCCCUCCAUGGCUCAUAUUAAAGUUUCCAUUAAUAAGU